AUGGAUCCUCUUCUUGCGACAGCAGAGAACGUCGCUACAGAGACGACGCCAACCCCGUCGUACACCCCGCCGAAUCGACCUGGCCGACUAUGGGCCAUCAGCGACAUACAUCUAUCGUUCAAGGCCAACCGUGAAGCUCUCGAGAAGCUGCUGCCGCAUCCCAACGACGACCUCAUACUGUGUGGAGACGUGGGAGAGUCGGCUGAGCAUUGCCGCGUAGCGUUCACCAAGGCUACAGAAUGCUUUCGCCAAGUGUUCUGGGUGCCUGGAAACCAUGAACUAUAUACGCUACCUUCACAGAAGGAUCAUGGCACGAGAGGAGAGCAAAAAUACCUCGAGUGCGUAGAGGUGGCACGAGAGUUUGGGAUACUGACGCCUGAAGAUGAAUACACGCUGUGGGAGGGAGAAGGUGGGCCAUGCUUGAUUGCACCCAUAUUCACUCUAUACGACUAUAGCUUCCGGCCUGAUCAUAUCAAGCUGGAGAAUGCGCUGGAAUGGGCACGAGAAGAGGACAUAGAAGCUACCGAUGAGCAUCUGCUUCACCCGGACCCGUAUGCAUCGCGCAUCGAAUGGUGCAACGCGCUCCUCGAGACGACUGAGAGGAAACUCUCAGCAGCUGUUGCAGCGCAUCCUGACGUGCCACUGAUUAUAGUCGGACACUGGCCGCUGCGACAAGACCUCGUCAAGCUCUUCAAGGUACCGCGCUUCUCGUUGUGGUGUGGGACCAAGAAGACGGAGGACUGGCACAACAAGUACAACGCAAAGAUUGUCAUCAGCGGUCAUCUACAUAUCAGGAGGACUGACUGGAUCGACAAUACACGCUUCGAAGAAGUCAGCUUGGGCUACCCAAGGCAAUGGCAAGAGUGCCAAGAGCGUGGUUUGGACAUCAACGACCUGCUACGGGAGAUUCUGCCGGGCCCUGAGACGCCGCCGAAUGAGAAGAGAGAUACAGUCUGGAGACGAUAUGGGUGA